AGCAUCGCUCAUUGCCUCAGGAAAAGAAAAACCAGCUUAUCAGAACCAAAAGAGGAGAAGAAGAACCCAUGGAUUCUUCAUGUUCUUCAUCAAUAUUCAAGCGGGUCAUGAGCCUUGUGGCUGCCCUUGCCCUUUUCACUCUCUUUGUCACUCCACUUCCUGCUGAUGCUUCCCCUGCAGAAGCCCAAACCCUCCUCAAGUGGAAGUCCAGCCUUGGCAACCCUUCGGUUUCUUCCCUCUCUUCCUGGACUCUCUCUCUUCGUAAUGCCACCGGUUAUAAUUCGACCAUGAGUCCGUGUGCUUGGUAUGGCAUCUCCUGCAAUCAGGCCGGGAGCGUGAUCAUGAUAAAUCUCACCAGUGCCAAUGUUAAAGGUACGCUUGACGAAUUUUCAUUCUCAUCUUUGUCUCGUCUCAUGUACAUGGACCUGAGUGUAAAUAAUCUCUCCGGCCACAUUCCACAUCAAAUUGGUCUCCUGAGCAAUCUCACCUAUCUUGACCUCUCUGAGAAUCGGUUCUCGGGGAAAAUACCACAGGAGUUCGGUAAUUUGAGCAAAUUAGCUAGAUUGUACGUCAACACAAAUGAACUUUCUGGUUCUAUUCCUCCUGAAAUGGGAAAUAUGACAAAUUUGCUAGUGCUCCAGAUGUCCGUUAACGGCCUGACAGGACCGAUUCCUUCCACUUUGGGGAACUUGCCCAAAUUAACAAACCUGAGCCUAAUUAAUAAUGAGCUUGCCGGUUCAAUCCCGCUGACAUUAGGCAAUUUGACGGAGCUUACGAUGCUGCUAUUGAGUACAAAUCAGCUCACUGGCUCCUUACCAGAGAACUUGUGCCGAGGUGGGUUGCUCCAAUUCCUCGCCGUGCAUGGCAACAACUUAACUGGUUCUAUCCCUAGAAGCUUGAGAAAUUGCACAAGCUUAGUCAGACUACGCCUCGCGGAAAACCAGUUCACUGGAAACAUAUCUGAGAGCUUUGGUGUCUACCCCAACUUGACCUAUAUCCAUAUGAGUUUCAACAAGUUCUAUGGAGAAAUCUCAACAAACUGGGGAAGUUGCGCGCAUUUAGCUACUCUAAGGAUUGCUGGAAAUAACAUCACUGGUAACUUGCCUUCAGAGAUUGGAAACGCUAGUCAACUAGAACUACUUGAUCUUUCUUCCAACGGUUUAGUUGGCGAGAUUCCAAAAGAACUUGGGAAAUUGAAAAUUCUUUUCGAACUCGACCUAAACAACAAUAGUCUUACCGGUCCAAUUCCUUUUUCUUUGGGUGAUUUGACUCACCUAGAAGUAUUGCUCCUCAACGACAAUCAACUUUCGGGACGGUGGCCAGUGGAAGGUUUCUCAAAUGCCUCAUUGUUAGCAAUUAAUUUGUCCAACAACAAAUUUGAUGGUCCACUUCCACUCCCAUCAACCUUCACAGAGUACUAUUCGAUCGCAAAUAAUAAAAUAGCGGGAAAGAUCCCUUUAUCCAUAUGCAAUGCCGCCCUCAUCUCAGUCCUCGUCUUGUCUAAUAAUAGCUUAGCCAGUACCCUACCCGAGUGCUUAUCAAACUCUUUUUUAUCGGUUUUGGGCUUGCGAAUGAAUAAUCUUUCGGGCACAAUCCCUCGAACAUUUUUGCCACGGUACUUGAGAAGUCUAGACUUGAGUGAAAAUCAAUUUGAAGGCACAUUGCCACAAUCCCUUGUCAAUUGUAAGAAAUUGGAAGUUCUAGAUUUCAGCAAUAAUAAGAUAGAGGAUAAGUUCCCCGCAUGGCUAGGAACACUGCCAGAGCUUAAAGUUCUUUCUUUGAGGUCCAACAAUUUUAAGGGUUGUUUGGAUUUUCCAAGGGUAGCUCAUCUCUUUACCAAGUUGCACAUAUUGGACCUCUCGAACAACAGUUUCACUGGUCCUUUACCAGCCAAUUUGAUAGCGAAACUUCAAGGGAUGAUGAAUGGACAAAAUGGGCAAGAGUCGCAAGACAAAUCAUUGUACAUGAGGCAGGAAGGUUUUAGGGGGUCCUAUGAAGAUUCCGUGAAAGUGAUCAUGAAAGGACUGGAGAUUCAGCUAGUGAGGAUCUUGACCAUCUUAGUAACCAUCGACUUAUCGCUCAACUCUUUUGAAGGGAAUAUCCCGAGUUCUAUUGGAAAUCUUCAUUUUCUCAUAGGGCUCAACCUUUCCCACAACAACCUCGUGGGUCCCAUUCCUUCAUCCCUUGGAAAUUUGACUAACCUUGAAUGGCUAGAUUUAUCUUCAAACAAGCUUAGUGGGAGGGUUCCUAUGGAACUGGGAGAUUUGUCCUUCCUUGGGUAUUUGGACCUCUCAGAGAACCAACUCACAGGCCCCAUACCUCAAGACAAGCAAUCGAGCACAUUCACGAGCAACUCAUUUCGUGAGAACCUGGGCUUAUGUGGAACUCCAUUAGAGAAUACAUGCCCUGGUGAUGCUCAACCUCUUCCUCCACCACAGCUGUUCUUCCAAAAGUAUAGUACAAGAGAGCAUAGUAGUGGGUUUGACAGGAAAGCAAUCGGGAUAGGCUAUGCAUCCGGAAUCGUGAUUGGAAUCUCCCUAGCGUACAUUUCAUUUGAAACUAGAAGACCCAAAUGGCUUGUGGGACAAGUGAGAAGCAUGGAGAGAAGAGCCAAAUUGAUGAAGAAGCCAAAGUGGAAGGCCAUCAAAUUUCAUGGAGGCCGGUAAAAUUGUCGGGAAGUGGUCCUUUUGAACUAUGUGCAGUGUAGAUCAAGGAAUACAAUUUUUAUCAGAUUGAAAAGCAAUUUCGCAUAUGGAUGCUCAUUUUUAUUAUGCUGCCAUUUUCUUCUAAAGUGCGAUUUCUGAAUCAAGUCGAUUGAAUAGAUGAACAUGUAAGACAU